UUGAGGUUUUCUUAGCAAACAGAUGUACACAAUAUUGCGAUUGACGAACUUUAUACCUAACAAAAAUUUUAAAAAUGACAAAAUAUCCGCAUUUGAUGACACGUGUAUGAAUUUUUGAAAGUUAUUUCGGAUCUCGUGAGCUAAUACUUAUUACUAAUCGGUCCAAAUGAAUUCAUCAACAAGCAAUCAACGGACUUUGGAAGCACAGAAGAAACAACUACUGUAGGUAUCCUUCUCCAACUCCACUAGCAACAGAACCAUAUCCAUUAUGGCUUUCCAAACGAUUACUGGUGCUUGUACUGAUGUUUCUAUGCUACAUAAACGUAGCAUUCAUACGAUGCAACAUCAGUAUUGCUGUUGUGGAAAUGGCAUCUUCUAAAGAAAUCUUGACCAAUAAUUCUAUCAAGAUUCAACCAGCAGAAUUCAAUUGGGAUUCCAAAACAGUUGGAUUCGUGUUGAGUGCCUUUUACUAUGGAGGACUGAUGUCAGUAUUUGGUGGCUACAUCGUGACCAAGCUAGGAGGAGCAAUGGGCUGCUCUUCAUCUCUGAUGCUGAGUGGAAUCAUUAUUGUACUUCAUCCUGCCAGCUUGUACUAUGAUUUUUCACUGUUUCUUGUUUUGAGGGUACUCACAGGGCUAUCUGAGAGUUUCAUGAUGGUAAGUGUGGCUCAAGUAUGUUCCAAAUGGGUACCUCAAAAUGAGAAAUCAAAGUUGAUGUCACUCGUGGUGAGUGGUGUCACUCUUGGCGUAGGGGUAGUCCACGGAUUUUGUGCUUUUUUGACCCAUCAAUGGGGCUGGCAGAUGAUAUUUUAUGUGACAGGCUCAAUAUCUUUGAUCACAUCCUUGCUAUGUUUCAUUUUUGUGAGAAACGAGCCCUCUGAAGACAGAUGCAUCUCUAAAAAAGAACUCGCAUACAUACAAGAAGGAACCACAACAAUUACUUCAAAAGAAAAAAUGGCACAUCCUUAUAGAAGAAUUCUGUUAUCAGCCCCAGUAUGGGCACUCAUUUGCGGUCAAUUCGCUUUGACGUGGGUGUGGACCAUUACGAGCACGUUACUCCCUCUAUAUGUUAAAGACAUAACACAAGGUGACACCAAUAAAGUAGGAUUGAUCUCUUCUGUUCCCAACUUGGUUAAUAUCUUCACCCUUCCAAUUUGUGGUAUACUGCUAGAUUACAUUAAAAAUUUUGAUAUCUCUAUUACCAAGAUCCAUAAAGUAUCACUGAGUGGAGCAUUCAUCAUUAGCAGUAUUUUAUUUGUGAUCAUAGUGCUGAUUUCGAAUUUAAUCGUCUCAAUAAUGUCCUUCAUACUGAUCCAAAUGUCAAUUUCCGUUAUUAACUUGAUUCUACAGAUAAUCGCAAUCAGCAUUGCACCAAACAGCAGCAGCAUCGUAGCUGGGCUAGGUAUUUUUGGAAGUACCCUAGGAGGUAUUUUGGCACGUAACGCAACUGGUUUCAUGACAAUGAAACAUAGUUUGGAAGAAUGGAAUCAAUGCUUCAUCUUGGCCAGUGGAAUUUCCUUUUUGGGCGGCAUAAUGAUUGCACUAUUUGGGUCCAGUGAAGCUCAGCCAUGGUCUUUUUCAUCGACUAUCAAAGGCAAACAAAGUAAAAGUGCUUGUAAUUCGAUGGAAAAAUGAACAGACAACUUGAGAAUUCAGUUUCCCACGAAUAAAGACGUAAUACAACCUCUUUAACACCUGCAUGUUAUGCUAAUGGUUUUAACGAUAUUAAAUUUACAUUGUGUGUUUGUGAACUGCCCUACGAGUCAUACUAGUCCGGCAUAUGACAAUAGGAAUAAUAGCACCCCUUACGUUCCACUGGGGCAACUUCUUUCUUAAGGAGCGAACUUGCCAAAAAAAAAAACUGACUCUGUACUAACAAAAUGGCGUCCGUUUUGAUUGACAGAUCAGUAGAAAUAAUUGUUGAUUUUGCAGUCAAAGUUUCAACUGCUUAAGUGAUUUUUUCGAUUUCUGGUGAAUUUUUGAACAUCUAAGCCAAAAUUCUGAAAAAAUCAAAAUUUCACCAAAUUUACCUAGAAAGCUGAAACUAGGGAUAUAUACUAUUUUCGACUCGCCAAAUCAAUUGGAAACAGUUUCAACCCAUGUUGAGCAGUUCUGGAGCCUCCAGAAAAUUUUUGAAAUUUGAAAUUUCUACAUUUGAUCAAAUACAGUUGGAAAAGUGAAAUUCACUCUGCACAAUACAUGCUAACAUCAAUUUGGACAGAUUUUGUAACAUUUUUUAAAAAACAGAAGUAUUCAAAAAUCCAUUGUAGGCUCCAAAACGGGAUUGAAACUGACUGCAACCCACCUUGGAAUUAAUUUUAAAAAUAGGGUGUACCUAAAUUUUUGUAGAAAUUUCAAGCUUAAAAAACAUGCUGAAGACUACAGAAUAGGAAUUUUCAAAAAGUCGCUGGAGACUCCAAAUGACUUGAACCCACGUGCAGUGGACUUGAUAGUGUGUUGAAAUUGGAGUGCAGAGUAAAUUUUGAGUUUCCUGUUCUGUUUGGUAAAAUUUGAUGGAAAUUCAGAACAUUGAAAAAUCUGCUGGAGGCUCCAGUAAUUUCCAAAGAAUCGCUGGAGGCUCCAAAACGACUUGAAAUCUACCUGUAGUCUACUUCAUAACUCAUAACGCAUUGAGAUCAGUUUACAGAAUAAAUUUCGAAUUCCAUCUGCAUUUGAUGAAAUUUCAAGUUUCAAAAAUCUAUUGGAGGCUCCAAGAAUAUUCAAAAAGUCGCUGCAGGCUCCAAAAUGACUUGAGCUCGCCAGCACUUUACUCAAUAGCGUGUUCGAGUUGGAGUGCAGCGUGAAUUUCGGAUUUCAAACUCCACGUGAUGAAAUUUUGUGGAAAUUUCAAGCUUCAAAAAUCUACCGGAGGCUCCAGAAUUACUCAAAACGAGUUGAAACCGUUUCCAAUCGAUUUGGAAGGUCGAAAACAGGAUAUAUCUCAAAUUUCAGUUUUCUAGGUCAAUUUGGUAAAAUUUUGAUUUUUUUUUCAUUGUUGUCUUAAAUUUGAUUUUCAAAAAUUCACCAAAAAUCGUAAAAUGCACUUUAGCACUUGAAAGUUUGGUUGUUGAUAAAUUUUUGCACACUCUUUUGUUUAAGCCUUGUUCAGUUGAAAAAAUUCUUGGCGAGUCCUAUGUUGGAAAACAAAAUUUACGAUUGUAUGGCUGAUCUGUUAAUCAAAAUGGGCGCAAUUUUAUUAGUAGGGUCAACUUUCUAUUUGACAAGUUGUAUGAUGAGUGCCCUAAGUUGGGAACCUGUCCUUGCGUUAAGACAUUUUGCUUUUUAUAAAAAAAAGUAUAGGUACUAGAUACUCAUUUUUUAUUUUAAUCAAUUUUCAAUAAAACAUUUUGAUGUAGACUUGUCAGAACAUUCUGUAGAUUAUUUGCUAAUUUUAAUUUUCUCGACAAACAGUUGCUGGAGUGGGCAUAUACAAUUUGGGCACAUUCUCACUCCUGGCAUACAAACUGGGCACACUGCUAGAAAUCGCCCUCUAAUGGCACAUACAAAUUGGGCACACUAGAAAAAAAAGAACGAAAAGAGCACAUACAAACUGGGCACACAGGAAAGCAGCAAUCGUCCCUUGGUAAAUUUAAAAUUACCAUACCACAAAACGUCUUUUUCACGCACUGAUUUCGAUAAAACGACACGUUCACUCAUUUUAAAAGAAUUUUCGAAUAAGAAUAAAUACAGAACACACUUCGAUGCUCUCGUAAUUGAUACUGACAUACUGACAAUAGGUAAAUAUGGUGAUGAAUACGAAAAAUGUAAUGCAGAUGAGCAUUUUUUAUCAAAAUUUCAGCUGAAACUUGAUUUACCUAGGUAGUGAGUUCAUUGUCGCAACUAACCUACGCAUAAAAACGCAAGUAGGUACUUAGUUCAGGUAGGUACUUACUCUAAUACAGAUAAUAUGGAUGGAUGUGAGUUUAAUUCUGUGUACGUAAGUACAUGAAUUACCAGAGUACCUACCUACUUUUUUGAUAAGUACAUAUCUGCUUUGGAUGAAAUCUAUUGAGAACAUAAUGUGUGAAUACAUGUCCUAUCUAUUUACCUAUUUGAUUAUUUUCUAGUGUGUCGAAAUAGUAUGGCUUCUUUUCGAUUUCGUUCAUUUUUUCUAAUGUGCCCAAUUUGUAUGUGUUCCUUUCGUUCUUUUUUUCUUAUGUGCCCAGUUUGUAUGUGUCAUUACUGACCCCCUGGUGUGCUUGCUUAUCUUGUGCCCAAAUUGUAUAUGCCCGCUGGAGUCAACAUUAGAUAUGGGAACAUGCAGUUUUAAGCUUCACGACUAUUUUCUUUCACCGUGAUGUAAUUUUUAUGAGGACAUGAUAAGAAUUCUUACUUCAUACUUUACCCAAUUAUCAUCUCGAAUCACUCAAAGAAAAUUUGUCAAUUAAAACCCAAUAAAGUACAAUUAGAUAAUGUGAGAAAAAAAUGAUAAAAAUAGAUUUUUCAAUUCGGUCCACUAACUACUCGAUUAAGAUGGUGAUUUUAACAAGUGAUAAAAUGGGAUACCUUACGCUUCGUUUAAAAGCUAGUACUGUGAGUAUGUAAGUAUGGUAAAGAUGACUAUCUACAUAUAAAAGUCGUGAAUUAUGACGAUCGUAAGACAGAUAGAGAUGGUCAAGAAGUGUCAUUGAACAGUCAAGCAUCGCGGUUGUGAAAAAUGUACAGUUGAUCGAAUUGAAGAAAAAUUCUCCAACAGUUUUCAAGAUCAAAAUAGGACUCGCAAAAUUCUCAGGAUGGAUUCCCAAUGCACCAAACAAACCACAACAAUACAGAUUCAAAAGGACAAUCUGAU